AUGUCAGAUAUCAGUAGUAUACUAAAGUCGAUUGUCACGGCUACAAAAGCCGCAAGCACAGCAGUUGAAGAGUUAGCUUCAUCAACUGCAAAAGUUGAGCAUCCUAUCUUUAUUCAAAACCUACUACAAAAAUCGGGUCAAUCUGAAGCAGAGGGUAUCUCCUUAUUGACAUUGAAGAACGAAGCAUUGGCUUCAUAUGUAAAUAACUUAGCAUUGGUUGUUCUUGGACAAAUAGACAGGUUGGACGGUGGUGAUAAUGAGAAACUCAAGAAUGAAGCCAUUGAGCGAUCUAUAGUUCAGAGAGUGACAUUAGAGAAAGGUGUAAAACCAUUGGAAAAGAAAAUCAACUACCAGAUUGAAAAUCUUAUGAAAGCAUUUAGCAAAGCAGAAAGUCAAGAAUCACAAGCCAUUAAGGAAAAAGGUGAGGGAGACUCCAGCAAUGACGAGGACUCUGAUGAAGAAGAGGAUAACAACGAUGUGGAUUCAGAAGAGGAUGAAAUGGCAUUCAGGCCUGAUGCUGCCGCUUUAGCCAAGUUGGCUCCACAAGGUACCAAACCAUCCUCUUCCUCCACUGAGAAAUAUAGACCGCCUAAGAUUUCAGCAAUGGCGCCACCUACAAGCAAAGAUGCUGAAGCCAAGGCUCCAACGCAAAAACUCCAAAGUAUGGAGGAAUACUUGCAAGAACAGAGUGAUCUUCCUACAGCAGAAGCCAGUAUUGGAUCUACUAUUGUCAGUCAUGGCCGUGGAGGUGUCAAGACCCAGCAUGACAGAAAGAAAGAAAAGGAAAUACAAACUUAUGAAGAAGCCAACUUUACAAGAUUGCCUACAUCUCAAACCAAAAAAAGUUUCAAGCAAAAGCAAAGAGAUAUGGCGAACCAAUUUGCAGGCGAAGAUUGGAGUAUUUUCAAUAAGGAUAGAGAUUUGGAGUCGGGUACAUCGAGGAAAAGAAAACCGACAACUUCUUGGGAUAGAGCUAAGAAGAAGCGUACAUAG